AUGGAACCCACCCGGGAGACCUGCCAGGAACCGCGGGGUGAGCCCGGGACGCGUGGGGGCGGGCUGGGGGAGCUCGGCACCAGCUGGGGGGCUCUGGCCGCACCACCUGUCUUAGCCGACUGGAGAGCUCGGCUCCCUGGUGCUAAGGUCAGUGGGUACUGGCUCUCCACAGGCCAGGAAGGUGGAGGCAAGCCCCUGGCGGCUGGGCUGAAGGAAGAACGGCUGCAGAGGUCAGCCCCCCACCCUCAGGAUGCCCCGAGUAAGGACCUGCCCCCCUCUUGUGAUGUCUCUGGGGAGAAGAAACCAUCAGAGGCCCCUGCAGCACUAACUGGGUUUGAUGCGGGGACAGCGUACCAGCCCCUCGGCUCAGGGGCUCUCCAGAAAGAUAGAACUCUGGUCCUGCCUAGACCGCAGCUUCAGGGGGAGGGUUGUUCCCUUCCGGGGAGAGAGGCCAAGCCAGGGAAGAGGCCCUACUCUCCGGGCUCUGGGAAGCAGAAGAAGCCUAUCGCCCUGGGUCCAGCCUCAACACCAUCUCCCAAUGUCACCAACUCACCCCGUGCCACACACAACCCAGUGCCUUGUGGGUCAAGCCAGGGGCCCUGCCACCUGGCCAACCUCCUCAGCACAGUGGCCCAGAACAGCCAAAACAUAGACCAGAAGAGGCCCCCGGAAGCCACCUGCCAAGCUCGGAAAAAGACUCGAACCCUAUACCGCUCAGACCAGCUGGAGGCGCUGGAAAGGAUAUUCCAAGAAGACCACUACCCUGACAGUGAUAAGCGCCGGGAGAUUGCCCAGACCGUGGGGGUCACCCCCCAGCGCAUCAUGGUAAAGGGGGCUGCGACGGGAGGGGGUGGAGGAGAAACCACCCUCUCUACCCCAUUUCUCAAGCUUUUCAAGUGUCUCUCCCUAUAGGUGUGGUUCCAGAAUCGCCGGGCUAAGUGGCGAAAAGUGGAGAAACUGAAUGAGAAGGAGAAUAAGGACCAUCCUGUAGGUCCUGCCCCCACUCCUGCCAGCAGCCAGUGCAGCUCUGUGGCUGAGCUGCCACCUACUAUGCCCAUGGACCCAGAGCCUGGCACUCUCCCUCAGGAGCCCCGUCUGGACAUUCUUCCAGAGCCUCCCAUGCUGCUGACAUCUGACCAGACUCUGGCCCCACCCCAACAGAGUGGGGGUGCUCAGAGGGUGGCAGUGACCCCACCACUCUUCAGCCCCCCACCUGUUCAAAGAGCCAACCCUCCUUUUCCCCUUGGCCCCGUCCACCCCCCACAACUGAUGCCUCUGCUGCUGGACAGUCUGGGCAGUGACAGCAGCCACAAGGAUGGCCCCUGUGCCUCCUGGGGGACAAGUGUCACACCGCCCCCCACCUGUGCAUACUUGGAAGAGCUGGAACCCCAGGAAUACCAAGCAGGCAACCAGCCAGGACUAUUCCAGUUCUCCCAGGCUCCACAGAGCCAGCUUUUCCAACAUCCUCAGCCCCAGUUUUCCUAUCUGCAUCCCUUCCCCUUCCCCAUGCCCAGUUCUCUGACACCUCCACUGCCAGAGGACUCUCUUUUUCCCCUGUCUUACGGCCCCAGUGGGGGUACAUCGCAGGGCUACUUUCCAGGCCCUCCCUCAGGGCAGAUCCUGCUCCAGCCGCCUGUUGGGAAUAUGGGUACAGUCCCCUGGAAUGACCCCUGCUUGCCAGACCUGCCUUUCCCGGGUCCCUUCUGUCCACAAGCUCUGGGGCACCCCCCAGGAGGGGAUGCUUACUUCCCGGAUCUGUUUCCGGCUCCCUAUGCUCAGGCCAUGAGCAGGCAGCCUUCUCCAGGGCCCAUCCAGCUGCCUGAAGGGGCCAGACCAGGAGUGGGGCCCUUACCCAGCCAGGCCCAAGACGAGCAGCCGACCACCUCUGUGGAGCAGCCCUCAGCACCUGAGGAGGUCCGAGAGGAAGACAACAGCCAUGGCCCCUAGUCCGGAGCUAUGGAGUGAAAAGAGACAGCUGGGUGGGAGCAGGCUGAGCACCACGAAGGCGAUGGCGGUUGAAGCGUUAGGAAAGACUGUGGACUCUCUGGGGUGGCAGUCAGACAUGUCCCCUGUGUGGGUUCCUCUGCUGGACACUGAGGUGAAAAGGAAGACGGCUGGCCUCAUCCUUCUCGCCACACCUCUCCAUGGCGGUCCUGGGAAAGAAGAGAUGGCCUGUGUUACUUCCGAACAUUGUAUCAGUUUAUGUUGUUUCGUUUCCUUGCUGGACAGAUGAGCCAGAGUGUUCACAGUCAGCAGUAAAUGAGUCUGCUCUUCGGUUCCUCUCUGUAAUUAUGUGUCUCCCAACUCGUUUUCCCCACUGCCUUCCACUCAGCUGACAGUUGUUGGUGAGGUCUCCCUGAGGCCGGAUCCCAUGGAGCCUCCGUCCUUCCUGGCCUGU